GUUCCAUGGUGCUAUCUCCUUUGCAAUUCACUCCAAGGAGAUUCACAACUUUAAAGACUUUCUUCAGAGUGUAUAUCCUCAUUGGACAGAGACAGAUGGUUUUAUCCAAGAUUUCUGGGAAGAUGCAUUCAGUUGUUCGCUUCCAAAUUCCAAUCUCUCAAAAACUGUGUGUACUGGAGAGGAGAUGCUGGAGAGCCUUCCUGCACCAUAUUUUGAAAUGAGCAUGACUGGCCACAGCUACAGUAUCUAUAAUGCUGUCUAUGCUUUGGCACAUGCCUUAAGUAGCAUGCACUUGGCUGGAACCAUCCGCAACAGAAGAGAUGCUAAGGGAAAACUCUCUCCUCAAUAUGUAGAUCCUUGGCAGGUAUUGUUCCCUGUUACAAAGCAUUCACUGCAUUGGUACAUUAUGUGAGUUGGCAUUUAAUCAGCAGUAAAGAAAUAAAAGAAUAAAACUUAAGAAAUUAAAAAUAAACCUUAAGUAAAUUUAUCAAAGAUGGGAAUUAGAAUAUUUCCUAUAAUGCUACUAAACAGACUUUAGAUGACAUAAGGAAAAAACUACACAUAACUGAAGCUGUGCCAACCACCUUCUCCAUACUGAAAACCCCUCCAUUUUCUAUCCACGUCCCUCACCAAUUUUCAGUCUCUCUUACCUGUCCAGUUACCCAGUGGUAUAAGGUUGGGGGCCCCGGCGCAUAAUUAUAAGGGAGCACAACCAGGACCCCAACCCCCAGGCACUGCCUUUUGCAGGGAUCCUCAUAUCAAAGAGAAAAGAAAAUAGCAGCCCAUCAGAGAGCUGCCUCUACCUGGGCACCUCCUGGAAGGCCUUCUCCCCAACUCCUCAUCUUUCCCUGUAUGGCCACUACAUUGGAGGUUCUGCAGCCUCACUGAUAGGUCCCCAGAAGAGGCUAGCAAUUGUGUGAUCACUGUCUCUAGACUCUGCUUUUCUCCUUUCUCCUCCUCUGCCUCUUAGUCUGGAUUUCAGUCUGGCGCAUCCUCUUCCUGCUCCCUUAACCCUGUUGCCUCUUCUGUAUCUGAAAGCUCUUCCUCCCAGUCUGCUCCCUCUUCUCCCACUGACCACUCCUUGUCAUCCCACCACCAAUCCCCUGGCUCUGAGCCUCCUUUCCUUGGGGCGUCCCUUUCGGGUUCUCCAUCUGCUGCUCCCUACUACUUCUCUGCAUCCAACAUCCAACCAUGCUCAAAUCCACUCUAUAAACUAUGGAAAGGUCCAGUCCGAUGUUCUCAUACUGCAUUCCUAUCCUUUAAGAAUAUAAGCUACCAUCUCUUCUCAUACAUAACUUCUCAAAUCCCUUCCCUUUCUUGGAUCUUGACAAAGGCUGGUCUCAAGCAAGCAGGUCUAUCGUCUCAUCUCUCCAUAAUAUCUUGAUACAAGUCUGUUGAAUGUUGAAUCAUCACUGAUUCAUGAUUUCCUACUCAUCCUGUAUGGGCAACUAAAAUAUGGAUGCUCUCCAUUGUGAACUGAAGCGUUUAACCUCGAUUCUCUUUCCACUUAGCUCCACUCAUUCCUGCAGAGAAUCUCAUUCAACAACAGUGCUGGGGAUGAAAUUGCAUUAAAUGAAUAUGGAGAGUUAGCAGCUGGCUUUGAUAUUACCAACUUGGUCACUUUCCCAAAUAAUUCCUAUGUCAGAGUCAAAGUGGGCAGCUUGGAUCCUCAGGCCCCUCCGGGCAAAGAGCUCACCAUUAAUGAAGACAGAAUCAAAUGGCACAGACGAUUCACUAAGGUAUGGAAAUAAUGGCAGAGUCCCUGAAAACACAGAAUUUGUGGUUAUCCACGAAAUGGGAUGCAACAAAAGCACUUCACACAUUAUUCAUUUUGAAAUUCACUAGCACUUGAAAGCACUUCAGACUAGUGAUGAGUUAGAAUAGAGGAGUGCUCCCAGACCUCUUGCUUCAAACAGAAUGCAACUCCUCCCAGAACCGGUCAGGCAUAGGAACCCAAAGCAUUUCUCUCUGAGACAGGAUGUGGCCUAACAGGAAACCACAACCCAAAAGUCAUGAAAUGAUUUCCUAUUGCUAGUUUCUUGUACUGACCCUGCAGGUAGGAGCAGAACCACUAUAAUGGCUUACCUUUAAUUCCUUGUGCCACCACAAUGGAACACCAUGUGAACUCCUUGAAGCAAAUGCCGUUAAGUGGUGACUCCAUCAAAAGGCCAAGCCAGGGGUGAAAUCACACCGAAUUCUAAGACAGCUGUAAGGUUGGAUGGUCCAGGCAUGAAUACUGACAUCUUCUUAAGUUUGUAUGAUGCUUAGAACAGCAGCUUUUUACCCCACUGUAGGUACCACUUGUGUACCUACAGAUCAUUUCACACUAUUAGUCUUCCUAUUUACUAUUAAAUCACCUGAUAUUUGAUAUUGGAUAAAUUCCCCAAAACAAUAUCAUAAUAUUAAACUCUUCCUAUCUCUUUGCAUAGGUGCCACCGCUUUCUCUAUGUAAUGCCAACUGCCAUCCUGGUUACGGGAAGAAAAAGAAGGAG